AUUUGUAACACCCUGUUGUGUAAUUAUGCAGCUCUUAGCCCUCAGCUAAAGACUACUAUCGACAAAGUUGUGACUUCAGACAAAGUGGUUCUUUUUAUGAAGGGAACUAGGGAUUUCCCUCAAUGUGGAUUCUCUAAUACUGUUGUACAGAUACUGAAGUCACUGAAUGUGCCUUUUGAAACUAUUAAUAUUCUUGAAAAUGAGUUAUUGCGGCAAGGCUUGAAGGAGUACUCAAGCUGGCCAACCUUUCCGCAGCUCUACAUUGAUGGGGAUUUCUUUGGUGGCUGUGACAUCAUUGUUGACGCGCUUAAAAGUGGGGAGCUGCAAGAAACACUUGAAAAGGCUAUGUGCUCGUGAUGCAAUACAAGUUACUUGUGAAGCUGUAAACUAUCCUAAUUUUUUUUUUUUAACAAUCUUACAUAUAGAUUAUGUUUGAUUGAGUGAAACUGGUACAUGUAAUAUCAUCUUAUACAUUUUGAGAACUGAUUAAUAAGCAGCAAAUUUAUUAGA